CAGUGUGCUUAUGAACGGAGUGGGGUUACAAGUGUUGGCGAAAUUUGGGGGAACUUCAACUGACUAGCUCUUUAAUUAUGCUUUUGUCUUUUAUUUUUUAAAAGUUUCGAGAUUUGAGUUAUUCAUUCAAAAGCACUGACAGGCUUUUUAUAAGAGAAAUUCAUGCCAUAAAGAAUUGAUAAAAUGGAUCCACCACCAAUGCCAGAUCGUGAAGAAGCCAAUCCCUUAGACAAUGCACAUGACGCUGAACCUCAAACUUUAAGGGGAGUGAUAUACGAUGGAAUGGAGAUGCAACAACACAAUGAUCUCAGAAGUUCCCAGAGUUCCCGGAGCUCUGAAAGAUCCCAAAGUUCUGGAAGUUCUGGGAGUUCUAAAAUGAGCACAUAUGACUUGACCCAAACAGAGCAUGUUAAAGUGGCUGUUGAUGAUGAGCCAACUCUGAACUUGGAGAAAAGUACAUUCUACAUAAGUUGCACGGGCGUUUCGAGCACUGUCGAGAAAACAAGUAGAGUAAAAGGUUUAUCGGAAUCUGGGGAAUCAAACGCGAGCAGCUACGGAACUUGUAAAGCCCACAGUCAGGAUGAAUUGGAUGGUGUUGUGUCGGACGUGCGCACCAUAAUGUCUCGACAACGCUCAGAGUCCGCGGCCUCACUUGAGUACUAUCGCUCGCAGGACACACGCUUGCAGGUCUCAGCGCGAGAGGAACUGCAGGUCAGACCCCAAAGCACAGAGCACGACCGUCAUGUCCAGCAGUCGAGAAGGCUACCAUUCUGGCUCUGGUUCAUCAUUGCCAAGAGUCUCGGAAUCAAGCUGCACGCGGACGACAAGCCCAUUGCGGCGACGGUCUUGUAUACCCUCACGUUCAUGACGGCUUUAGGUUACAUUAUGUCAAACUGGUGGUUCACGGCAUACGACAUUGCCAGCGACUACACCAAAACUACAGUCAUAGAUGGAACCAUUAGCAUAUUCUACUCGCUGCUUUGGGGUGCGCUGGGAGUAUAUGCUAACAAACUGGCAUUCAGGUUGUUCAGCCACAAGAAGUUCCUGGACAUGUUGAGGCUCCACUCGAAGACCAUCCUGAAAAUGAAUGCGGCCGCGGUGCUCUUCACGGUGAUGAUGCUCUUUGCCUUUUUCAACGAUGUCAAUGCUUACUCGAAUUUCAAGGACAAGACGUGUCAGACAGGAAUUCGCAAGUUUAUGCAGUCCCUGGAGCAAGAUUCGCGUGUAUAUGAAGCAAGAUACAUGGGUGUUACUCAGCAAGGGACGCCAGACAGACCUGUACUUGAAGAGAAUGGUCAUCACUCUGAAGGAAAUGAGCUUUUAUCUGAGUACACAUGGGUGGAUGAGGACUACCUGGAGGAGCUGCGAGACCCUGGGACAAGUGAUGUCGACUCCAACUCCUCGGCACUCAUCCCACAACAGGGUAACAGACGCCCCAGUGUACCGGAUACAGGAGGAUCGCCAGACAGUACUGGGCUCCCGAUACCCCGGAUUCCAUCCUCACCGUCAUCCUCAAGGCAAAGCGUUGCAUCUGAGAGAUCUUCAAGCCUUCAUAAGGAAGCUCAGGGACAGAUAGGAGAGAAGACUACUUUAACACACAGAGCUCGAACCAACAGCCAGACAGACGAGGCCAGCUCGGUGUGUAGUACGUCGACGUCCACUGAGGUCCGUACAAAGCCCACGCCUCUCAUGAGCAACUCGGAGAUUCUUUUCCGAUACUGGAAGAUACAGUCCCGGCUGCGGCUGUCGUCGGUCGCACUCCAGAGGUGGAUGAUGUCAAUCCUCUCUAUGGUGGUGGUGUGGUUGGCCAUGAACCUGGUCCUGUGGCUGAACUAUGACCCGACCUUGAUUGACCUGGCUAACUUCUUCCUCCCACUGGCACUCCUCCCCCUGUUGGCUUCUGCAUAUGCCGAGGUCAACCAGGAGGGACUUAGGCUUCUGAAGUUCAUUUGCCCAGUGGAAGAGAGGCUACAGAUGCUGUAUGUCCUGCAGAACAACCCUCUCCAGAUGACAGUCUACGGGUUCACCCUCUCGUACUCCACCAUCACCACGGCAGCCUUCGGUAUUUUGCUUGCUUUUGCAUCCAAGGUCCUGAUUCAGGAGAUAUCGGGACCUAACACACCACCUAUUGCCACGUGAUGGGAUUUUAGUUUGGGAUGUGUCUUAUCAGAUAUUUUGUAUCUUCCAGUUCAUAAUGUGAAUGUAUUUCCGGUAUCCCUAUGGUGGGAAUGGAGCAAAGAAUGUCAUUCCAAAUUUAUGGUUUUAUGUUUUUUAUAUGGUUGAUGUUGUAUGGAAGACAACAGAAUUCUUUUUUAAUGUAUGAUAUUUUAGCGAUGGUAUAAUGCACCUAUAGGCAAUGUAAAGCUAUUGCGUAGGUUGGUUGGGUAUACAAAAGGCGAGGUGAAAGGAAGGUACGUUUUAGUAGUGGGAGAGCAGCUAUUAGCUACAUGUAUCUUUUAGUAUAUUUAGUCUUAUAGCUAAAUAUAUUUCUAUAAUUGUUGUUGACCAGGGUUGCCUAGAAUAGUAUUUGUGAUUCCCAGUUGAUUCUUGUUAAUUAAUAUUUAACUAAUGGCAUUAGUACCUACAUAACAUUCCUAACUAUUUUUCUUUUCAGCAAAUAUCUCCAUGUUUUGCUGUAGGAUUUUGUAGUAUAGACUUUUUAUUUACACAUUACUUGAUCAAUUUAUGCCAAUGAUAAAUUUAGGAAUAUUAAUACAACUAAAUCUGUUAACCAGAUAGCAGAUAUAUAGUCAUUAUUUUAUUAGCAAGAAAGACAUUGUAUUUAAGAAGUGACGCUAGCAGAAGAAAAUUAAAAUGUGAGUGAAUGAGGAAUAACUGUUGUAGGGAAAAGCAAAAAUUCAUUAAAUCACCAUAUUGGACUCACUUCAGCGCAGAUUACAGUUUUUCUCAGAUACUCUGUAAAUCACACAAGUAUCUCUCGGCAGAUGAUACUACUCUGAAUGGUGUUAUAUAGAUGAUAUGGAUAAAAAUCUUGCUAGCGGUAUCAAUUUUUGUUUUGUCGUGAUAGGAUAAAUGGAUGAUAGGAUUGGACAUUUUUUGGACCAAUAUCACAAAUUUCUGAAAGCGAAGCUAAAAUUUUGAGAAUAAAAGUUGAAUGAAUCUCUGUACAAGUGAAGCACAAUAGAACAUACAAUAUGUUGGAUAUUUUUGAUGUAGAAUGAAGUGGAGAUAAUUAAGCAUAAAUCUGUGUUUUUAAAUAUUUUAUUGUGCACUUGAUUUAAUAUUUGUGUCUAUUAUGAUUUUAGUUAAAUUUAUUCUAUUUUACCUUGUUUUUCUUUAAUAUCGUACAUUUCUCUUUCUCUCUCCCUUAUAAUGUCUAUGCUUGUUCGUUUAUAUUUGAGGCACUUAGGAAGAGAGGUCUCCAAAUGCCCAUUUUUUAAAACUUGAAAAGAAAACCCUUUAUAAGUUAUUUCUUCCUCUUACGCCAAAAGAACAGCAGAACUGAAGGUUGGAUUGGAAGCUCGACCACAAUACAGAGGAUGAAAGGGUUCUGUCGGCUAUUUAGUAAGAUAGCGCUGUACUUGCUGAGGAUUAGGUUGCCAGUAGCUCAUUUUGCUUACGACCAUCUUUUACUAAACACCUCGCUUUGGAUCUCAUGUUUUGUCCCUUUUUCUCUCUCUCUCUCUCUCUCCCAAAGUCUUAUAUAUUUUAUUUGGGACCAGAUAUCUCCAAGAAAUAUAUAAAAGAAGUAUAUAUAUAUAUAUUGAUAGUAAUAAAAGGCUAUAUUGUUGUGUCGU